GUAAACCAGGAGAACGUGGUGAAGGUGGGCCACAGACAGGUGGUCAACAUGAUACGACAGGGCGGCAACCGACUUCUAAUCAAAGUGGUGACAGUGAGCCGGAAUCUGGACCCUGAAGACACGGCACGCAAAAAAGCCCCCCCACCACCAAAGAGAGCCCCCACCACUGCCUUGUCGAUGCGUUCCAAGUCCAUGACGUCAGAGCUGGAGGAACUGGUGGAUAAAGCCACACUGAGGAAAAAGAAAGGUGAUAAAGUUGAGGAGAUGACGCACGCCCAGAAGGCCUCGCCCAUAGAUACCAAGAUUGCCACAAUCAAACCUCGUCCCUCCAGCCGCUGCUUGGUCACGCCCACUGACAUGAACGUACAUCAGAGGAUGAAAAGCAGGGACUCCUCACCCCUCCCCCGCUCAAGUUUUCCCGGAGCCUCUCGAUGCCAGACACCUCAGAGGACAUCCCUCCUCCCCCGGCCAUUUCACCCCCUUCUCCACCUGGCUACAACUCAGUUGCUAGCCCCACAGCCAAGAGCUACGGCACCACACGACCCAGCUUCACCCAGAACUCCCCCAACGCAGUGACAACCAUCAGCAGGACCACAGACGUCAGUACUUUAAGGCGAGGCUAUUUCCGCCAAAGCUCAGAGCAGUUUGAGAGCACACGCACCCGAGGGCGCACACCGGUGCCUGAGAACCCGUACUCUGAGGUAGGUAAUAAGACGUUGUAUGUGCCAGCAAAACCAGCUAGAAGGAAGGGAAUGCUGGUCAAACAGUCGAACGUGGAAGACAGUCCAGAAAAAACCUGCCACGUGCCAUCUAGCCCCUCAGGACCAGUGUCCAUGCCCACCACACCCGUAGAAAGGACAUGCUCCUCCAUCCCCAUCCCCACUAUUAUCGUUAAAGAGCCUUCCACCAGCAGCAGUGGCAAGAGCAGCCAGGGUAGCAGUAUGGAGAUCGAGCCCACCACCCCUGAACAUCCACCCCUCACACCCACUGCUGUUGGACUUGGAGGUUUACGUCCUGACGACCCGCUCUCUCUAAACAACCCUUUUGCAGCAGCUAUCGCCGGAGCAGUGCGGGACCGCGAGAAGAGGCUAGAAGCAAAAAAGAACUCCAUUGCUUUCCAGUCAAUAGACAUUGGGGAUGACGAAACAAGUGGUCCCACACCGACCCCUCGUCUUCGUCAGUCCAAGUCCAUUGAUGAAGGUAUGUUUAGUAGUGAUGAACGGCUCAGAAGGAUAAUGGCUCCUCCUUCAAUGCAGCUUGGACCACCAGUUGGAGGUGGUAGUGGAAAUCUGACAGAUUUCAACACUCCUGAGCCCACAGUGGUUCGGGAGCCUCUGAARACAAGAACAGGCCAGUGUCCCAAUCUGGACAGUCCAGUUAGUCUCCCAGCCACMCCUCCUAAGAGCCACUACAAGGCCAAUGGGACCUACCUCCAUCCUGUCACUGGGAAACCUCUGGACCCCAAUUCUCCUCUUGCUCUGGCUUUGGCCGCUCGUGAUCGAGCCAUGAAAGAACAACAGAACCAUCCCCAAAAUCAGCCAACAAAUCCUCCUCAGGUUCAGCAGACCCCCAAGCAUGAAGCCCAGUCCCUGCCUCUUCAACAAAGCCACAAACCGGACCUCAACCAGCCUUUAUUUAUUGACACCAAACUGCGCUCUGGGAUUGAGGCGAGCUUUGCUACAAUAUCCACGGCAACGAUGGGGCGGCCGGGCCGUGGAGGUCUACGGAGACAGAUGACCGAACACAAGUAUGAGAGUGACGGAGCACGUGAAGAGCGGCAGCAUCAGCCACUCGAGGAGAGGAAGAGCGCACCGGCGAAUGUGUCUGAUACGUCGCAGCCGAAGUCUACGGGGCUGUUGAUGGUCCACACAGACGCCACAAACAACAAGGCAAACAACCAGGAGCUGGACGUCCAGGACAGCAACCGCCCYUCUGAGUUAAAGGACCCCAACCAGCCCAGUCCUCACAACAUCCCCAACCUGUCCAAUCCCCAGUCAGCUGCUUCACGGAGAAGAAGCGUUCCUUUAGGCGAGUCUUUAGAAGAGCCAGUCAAACUGCCAUUCCGCAUCCCUCCUCCACCUCUGGCCUCAGUCGACAUAGAUGAAGAGUUUGAGUUUUCAGAGCCCCUCCCCCCGCCGCUGGAGUUUGCCAACAGUAUUGACAUUCCUGAUGACCAGGCCAGUGCCAUAGCUGAGAUGAUUCAGCAGCAGAGACGGAACGGAGGACCUGCAUUACCCCCGUACCAUCCCCACGCUCCACCACCCGUCACGAAUCAACACAAGCGGGUGGCAAACAGCAUGCCCCCUUCGUACCACCCUGCUCCACCUGAACCAGAGACGGUGGCCGACUCGGGCAUUGAAGAGGUCGACAGUCGCAGCAGUGGAGACCCCCAGCACAUGGAAACCACCAGCAAUGUUUCCAGCAUCUCCACCUUGUCGUCAGAAGGAGGCUUCUGUGACAGCGCUUUGGAAAGUCUCUAUGCCACUGCAGACGGACAUGCCUUCCUGAUCGAUCGGCCCCCUGUCCCACCCAAACCCAAGGGCAAAUCUGUCAUCAAUAGAACAUCUCUGUAUCAUGACGCUCUCAUUGAGGAGCCUCCAGAGUUAUAUGGCUCCCCGCCUCAAGUCCCUCCUCCUCCUCCAUCAUCCUCAGAGCCUCCAAGGACUCCUUCUCAAAGGACAUCUAAGCUGUGGGGCGAUCAGCCCCCCGAGCUACACAGCCCACCGUCCACACCAGACUCCAAGAACACAGUGAUCACUGAGCUGAGCUCCAUUCUGCAGCACAUGAACCGGGACAGGCCAGCCAAACCAGGAGAGAGCCUCGGCUCCCCCACAGGGACCAGAGGGGGCUUCACAACCAGGCCCCCCACAGAUGACUCAGGAAUGCGUAACAACGCCGCCUCCACGCCCCCCAGCAGCCUGCCGUCUCAGACGCACCCCUGCAGCCCCCCAGACUCCACCUCCUCCCUGACGCCCUGCUCCUCGCUGCCCCCCUCRGUGUCCCCGACCCUGACCGAGGUCUUCGGCCUGCCCACCCCUCCUAUGGGCAGCAGCGGGGGCUACAGCCUGAGCUCGUCGUGCGGCGGCAGCGGCAGCUCGCGCUCGCCCUCGCCYCUCACGCUGAUGCAGGCGGUGGCGGCGUCGGGGAAGCCCUUCGCCUCCAAGGCCGUGGAGCUGUGGAGCAAACAGGACGUGGCCGACUGGCUGGACAGCCUGAACCUGGGCGAGCACAAGGAGGCCUUCCUGGACAACGAGAUCGAGGGCGCACACCUGCCCUCGCUGCAGAAGGAGGACCUGAUCGACCUGGGRGUGACCCGGGUGGGCCACCGCAUGAACAUCGAGAGGGCCCUCAAGCUCCUGCAGGACAGAUAGACCCCGGGCUCUGGGGGGCCCAGGGGGGCUCUUCAUCAGACUCAAACUGGAGUCACAGGAAGGUUCUGUCCACGCUGCAGCUGCCUCUUGUCUCGUCCUCUUCCUCAGCUGUGAGGAGGGGGCGGGGCUUGGGUCAGCUGAUUGACAGGUCGUUCAGAGAACUGUCUGCAGGUUAGGACUCACCCAGCCCUGCUUUGGAUUACUAGACUUUUUCUGUCCACCCGGUGUGGGUGCAGAACCAGAACCAGAACCAGAACCAGAACCAGAUCCAGCUGAGCUGGUCCUUUUCUAUCUUUGCUAGAGUUUGUUCAGAGAAUAUUUCUUCACUAGAGUUCAAACACACUUAUAUUUCUGACUGCGUCUGACGUCCAGACAAACUGUUUGAGAUCGACUUUGUGUUGCUUUUCACCUGUUUGUGUCAAAAUAAGAGCCUCAGCUGACACACACACACACACACACACACACACACACACACACACACACACACACACACACACACACACACACACACACACACACACACACACACACACACACACACACACCAUGUUUAUGCACAGUGCCACCUGUUUAGAGAUUACACAUUCUGUUUACAUUCUGAAGAUGCACACAGUGAUGAUGAUGAUGAUGAUGAUGAUGAUGAUGAUGAUGACCCCCCCGAAUCACUCGUGUGUUGAUGUCUGAACACUUCCUGCCAUUCUUCAUCGUCAGCUCCUCUUCAUCACACCGGCAGCAGGUCAGCAGCGUGACAGGAAGUAGUGAGGGAAGACCUGUAUUUUCACAAUAAAAGACCCGGUUCAGUCA